UCAAGACGAUGAAAUGAUUACUUUGCUUUUCAGAUUUGCUAAACUUGGAAAGUUUAGAGGUACAAUCACACAUCCUAACACUUUCAUGAUAAUCAAGAUUUUCUAAUGCACUGCUGAGCGGUUAAAAAUACAGGAGAACUACAAAUCUCCAAUUCCUUUGAUGCUUCUCAAAUGGUAUUCAAUCCUGCCAUCCCCGAGGCAGAAGCAUUUAAAGACUUGUAAGAGCAUAAUCCUUUGCUUAUUUUACAGUUUCUAUAUGGUGUCGAAAUACAUGAACCACCACUAUUAUUAGAUCUGUUUUUAUCAGGGACAAUGGUGAUGACACAACUCUGAUUACAUUCGAAAGUAAUGAGGGGAGUCAAGAGGACAACAACAAGAAACUAGCUAAUCCAUUCAAGCGGGGAAUGCGUGAUAAGUGGUUGCAGGAGCCCGCUAAGAACAUCCAAGAAAUGAUAGCAUCAACUCAGGUUGGUAAAUGUUUGGUCACUUGCACAGUCUAUGCAAUUGAUAUGGACUGGUCCUGGUAUUACUUUGGUUGUGAUGCAUGCCAAAAGAGAGUGGUCAAAACCGGAACUAUGAGUAAGAAAGAAAAAGGAACCACUGUAACCACUCAUAUUUGGUGGUGUGAGACAUGCGACGACAAUGUGUUCAAAGUCUCACCAAGGUUUUGGCUUCACUUGAUGGUCCAAGAUGAAUCAGGUGUGUCCAAAGUAAUGAUCCUAGACAAGGUGGCUAAUGGGAUAGUUCCUGAGACUCCUCUCAAACUUUUGAAUGGUUGCUGGGAUGAGCUUGAAGACUCAGUCUUAAUACCAGAUGCUAUUAUGGAUUUGAUUGGAAAAAGUUUCACUUUGGGGGUCUAUGUUGAGAAGGAUAACGUGCAAUAUGGUGGUGAGAUAUUCAAAGUCGGAAAAGUCUACAAGGACAGAAUGAAUUUCUUAACUGGAUCGGUCACACCAUCUCACUCUGAUAAAACGUUGACAAUAACCAGUGGUGAUAAGGAUUCUGUUUACUUAACUGAUAGCCAAGAACUUAACUAUUCUGAGUCCACACCAUCCAGUAAGAGAAAAGAAGAGGAGGCUAAUUCUCUGCCUGACAUCAGUUCAACAUCAAAGAAACCAUGCUUAAUGACAGUUAAGGUUGAGAAGGGGGAAGAAGCUAUUAAGAAACAUGCCUAAGUUUGAAAGAAGACUACUCUUGAUUGGAAGUGCUGCAUCUUAUUUGAGUUUUUGCUUAUUUUAUAAUUUAUUUGGGAUUUGUGCGAUUUGAGUUUUUUUUACUAUGUUAUGGUUUUGCAUCUUUUAUCAUUUAUGUUGGAUUUGUGUUUUUUUCAAUAAGGUUAUUUAGACUAAUUCAUUAUUUUCAUAUAUUUUAGUUUUAAAUUCCGUUUGAAAUAAAUCAUUUGAUGUAAACUACAAUAUAAUUGCCCGAAAAAAAAACAUAGUAAAAUGAAAAUAUCAUCUGGUCUAUUCUAGAAACUACCAGAUUCAGUUCGAAGGCAUAUUACUAC